GGAUACAAAAAAGUUCGCAGCGGGAUUACACGAUAAAGUUGGAUUCAAACGAGGAGAUGUCUUGGCAAUCGUUUCGCCUAACCAGGUUGAUUAUCCUAUUGUAUUAUUUGGUGCGAUCGCCGCUGGUGGCAUAGUGUCUCCCGCAAAUCCAACAUACACGGUCAAGGAGCUAUCAUUCCAAUUAUCCAACUCUGGAGCUUCUAUGAUAAUUUCCUAUCCCUCAUGCCUUUCUACAAUCAUUGAGGCCGCCGCCGAAGUCGGAAUUCCUCGUUCUAAAAUAUUUUUAAUUGGUGAUAAAGAGGUUGAUGGAUUUCAACCAUAUAGCACAUUAUUUAUCGAUCGGGAAUUUGAGCCCGUAGAGUACACGCCGGAAGAGGUCAAGAAUACCGUUGCAAUUUUAUGUUAUAGUUCGGGCACUACUGGGAAAAGUAAAGGUGUUCAGACCACUCACACUAAUAUUAUCGCAAAUGUGGAGCAGUUUAUCUCAAUUGAUAAGGGACUUAGUCAAAAGGAGGUUUUCAUGGGUGUAUUGCCAUUCUUCCAUAUUUACGGAUUGAAUCUUCUCCUCCAUGCUGUUUUGAUCUUGGGCGCCUCGACGGUAUUAAUCCCAAAGUUUGACUUGGCAACAUUCUGUCGCGUGGUACAAGACUACAAGGUCACCUAUGGUCACCUCGUGCCUCCAAUAAUUUUGCUAUUGGUCAAAGAUCCAACUGUUAAAGAGUAUGACUUGUCGAGUUUGCGAGUUAUCGUUAAUGGAGCUGCUCCUCUUAGCAAAUCAUUAAUUGACGAUAUGCUUAGUAUUCAUAAUAUUACUGUCAAGCAAGGAUAUGGACUUACUGAAACAUCGCCAGUCAUCAGUGUUGAUGAUGAGAAGGGAUCGACAAAAGGCAUCUACCGUUCCGUCGGAAAACUGUUACCUAAUAUUGAGGCCAAGAUAAUUGCGGAAAAUGGACAAGAAUUAGAUUGUAAUCAACCCGGGCAACUUUGUGUUCGAGGUCCUAACGUAAUGAAGGGAUACCUAAAUAACGAAGAGGCAAACAAUGCAGCUUUCGAUAGUGAUGGAUUUUUAUAUACAGGAGAUGUCGCCUUCAUUGAUGAUCAAGGUCAAUC